UUUAUAUUUUCCCCCUUUUUAAUUGACCUUGGUGCAUCACUUUCCUUAUUCACAGACACAACCACCGCCGAAUCUUAAGAGAUAUCUAUUGUUGUUUUAAUCUCUUCAUAUUUCUCACUCACUCAUUACUCUUAUUGUUUUUAGAUCCAGAAUUCCAAUCCAAUUUCCUAACCGUUUUCGAUUACUAACAAAUUCAACUGUUUAUAACGGCCAACGCCGGGAUGGGUGAGGAAGUUAGGAUGACCGACUACCAAGACGACGACCGAGUCGCCGACUGGGAAUUGGGCCUUCCGGCGGUCCAUGAUCUCACCCCGCUCUCUCAGCUCUUGAUCCCGCCGGAGCUCGCCUCCGCCUUCAGCAUCUCGCCGGAGCCACACCGUUCCCUUGUCGACGUCAACCGCGCCUCAAAGAACACUCUCUCCACCCUCCGUACCGGCGUCAACGCCUUCUCCUCCUCCAACCUCAACCCCUUCCAAGACGAGGGAAACGAUCCCGCCGGAGACGACGAGGAAGAGAUCGUUCCGGACGGUUCGGGCUCCAAUUCGAGGAAGCUCCGGAAGGUCGAUUGUGCGGAGGAAGCGGAUUCUGUGCCGCGCACCGACAGUGCCGCCGCCGUGAAGCGACCGAGGCUUGUGUGGACACCGCAGCUGCACAAGCGAUUCGUGGACGUGGUGGCGCACCUAGGGAUCAAGAACGCGGUGCCGAAGACGAUCAUGCAGCUUAUGAACGUGGAAGGGUUGACCCGAGAGAACGUCGCCAGCCACCUCCAGAAGUAUCGCCUCUAUCUUAAGCGGAUGCAAGGGCUCUCCGCCGACGGACCUUCUUCCUCCGACCACCUCUUCGCCUCCACGCCGGUUCCUCAAAGCCUCAACGACAGCGGCGGAGGAGGAGGAAGUGGCCACUCCCGUGGGAACGGGCACCUUCCGGUUCCGGUCCCGAUGCAUUAUCCUCCGGCGGCGAUGAUGCCAAUGCCGAUGCUCGGCAUGCCACAUGGCUUUCAUCAUCACCAUGUGUUGCAGCAGAGGGAUUGGUCCUACCCACCACAUGUCACUCCUAAUGAUAAAUGAAUCAACUGAUAGAAUUUUAUUAUCUCCGUACCAUAUCUUGGCCACCACCCACGAAAUGGAUCCAAAGCUGACAGUAGAAGCGUUGACUACCAUUUCAAUCUUGCCACCCGCGAAAUGGAGGACUGCACAUCAUUGGAGCCAACAGCGAAAUGGCCACAUCAAGGAUGGCGCAUGCGAAUUGGAAGUGAGAUCUUAUUCCUUUGGUGUGAGAUCGUAGAUCUUUGGUGUCGGCGACCAAUCGGUGAAGAUGUCGCCGUCGAACAGGUUGCAGAACGGCGGCGGCGUCUGUGGCGGUGUCGGCAUUAAGUAUGGCGUUGAGGUAGCUGAUAUCAAAAGGGUGAACGGGUUAGCCACGGAUCUUCAAAUCUUUGCACUGAAGACAUUGAAAAUUCCGUUACCGGGACGACAUCCGCCAUCCCCCUCUCCGACUUCGAGUGUACCUAAUGGACAUGCAAAGUUGGGGUACUACCAUAUACUCAUGGAUAAUAGCUCGGAAAGAAGACCCCCACGUGCAGGUCAAUACGGCAUGAAGGAACCUCUACAAUCCUUAAACCACCCAAGGAGAAGGUUUCUCCAGCCAUGACCAUUUUGCAGAAAUACUAUGGAUUGAGUUCUUCUAUAGCUAGAGAUACAUCUGAGACAGAAUUGGCACUUUAUGCAUCUGAUAAUUCAGAUCAUUCUGGAGAUGAUUGGUUUCCCAAAACUUCACCAAUUUCUGACCUUCGAUCAAACCAGUACCCCAAGUCAACAAAUUUAGUGUAUGAUUUAUUGACAGGGAAUGAUGAAAUGCAUGAGUAUGUGCCUCUUGCGGACAUUGGAGAUGUGGCCCAACUCGUGGAUGCCAGAAGCGGGAUGUUCCAUUUCGCAUGCGCUAUCCUUGAUGUGGCCAUUUCGCUGCUGGCUCCAAUGAUGUGCAGUCCUCCAUUUCGCGGGUGGCAGGAUUGAAAUGGUAGUCAACACUUCUGCUGUCAGCUUUGGAUCUAUUUCGUGGGGGGCAUCUAUGACAUGGUUUGUAAACCCAUUUCGUGGGUGGUGGCCAAGAAAUGAACCAAUGCAAAGUUGAAUACUAUGACAUAGACACUGAACAGAACAACAGAUAGAGGUGAAAAAGAAGAUUUACAUACGUUUUCAUUGCACUCGCUUAUAAACAAUCAUUUCAUUUUAUUAUUAGCCAUUCCUUCCCAUAGCCCUUUGAACUUUUCUUGUUUAAGUGCUUAUAUGUACUUCUAACAUUCAUCUUAAAAACGAGAUUAGAUUGGUGUGCCUGCU